CCUCCCUGGCAUCUUCCUCGACCCUCAUUUUCCCAGUCCACUUCCACCUUUCGUUUUUUCCUCUUCUCUCAUCCCACCCCAUCCCAUCUCGUCUCCAGAGGCAGCAGUCACUCGUUUCACGCUCUCUCCCCUUUGCAGAUCGAGUCUCAUUCUCUCGUCCUUCUUCUUCUUCUUCUUCUUCUUCUUCGUCUUUGCUUAUUUUUAUUUUUAUUUUUUUGGUGUUUCUUUUCGGGCUUCCGUCUCCUCCCAUCCUUCCUGCCUCCCGCAACCCCUUUUUCCGGGUUUCCCGUUUCGCAGUCCCUCGUUGUGGAAGUCGCGCUUCCCCCCCACCCAACAAUAAAAACUUCCGUUUGCUCUUUCCCGCUUCGAUCUCCACUUAAAACUCCAUCGAUCUUUCCCCCCGGCGCAAGUUGUAGGUCCUUCCCAGAUCGUGCGUCGAAACGGGAACUUUUUAUCUCUUUCGGGCAAAUCGUUUAUGAACAAUAUCCAGCGCUGCCUGCUCCGUAUAUAUACACACGCCUCCCUAUAUAUACGGUCCAUCCCAUUAUAUUAUAUCAGUCUACAUCGCCAGGGGCGCGGAAAACCCAAAAUCCCUUUGAACGACUGCUUGCUCCCCCGAUCUCCUCGCCAUGACUCGUCUGCUGGCAUACGCACUGGCUUUGGCCCUUUCGUCCCAAGCCUUCGUGGCCGCCAAGCCGCAGAAGUGCGGCCCAAGCCAGAAGUGCCCUGAAAGCGCUCCGUGCUGUUCUCAAUACGGAGACUGCGGCUCCGGUGCAUACUGCCUCGGUGGCUGCGACCCAAAAUGGUCCUUCGCAAUCGACUCUUGCCUUCCGGCGCCCGUAUGCAAGAGCAAGACCUACAGGUGGGAUAACCUUGAUGGCGUCGCCCCCAACACAAAGUACCUUGGCGAUGCGAGCAAGGCGGACUGGGUAUCGAGUGGCGAGCCGUUGACGAGCGACGGCAGUCUCAUCUUGACCAUGGCUCCCGAUACCGUUGGUACGCUCAUGGCUAACAACCAUUACAUGUGGUACGGCAAGACCACUGCUCGGUUGAAGACUAGCCGUGGCAAGGGCGUGGUCACUGCAUUUAUCCUCCUCUCCGACAUGAAGGACGAGAUCGACUUCGAGUUUGUCGGCGUCGAUUUGCAGAAUGCUCAGACCAACUACUACUUCCAAGGAAUCACCGACUAUACUAACGGACAAAACGCGUCUGCUUCUGACACCUUCGAUGAAUUUCACACCUACGAGAUCGACUGGAAGCCUGAGUCGAUCACGUGGUCCAUCGACGGCAAGCCCGUCCGCGUCAAGAAGAGAUCUGAAACCUUCAACAAGACCUCGAACCAAUACGCCUACCCUCAAACCCCCUCCCGUGUGCAACUCUCCCUCUGGCCGGCCGGUCUUCCAAGUAAUGGUGAGGGCACUAUCGAAUGGGCUGGCGGGCUUGUUGAUUGGAACCACGAAGACAUCAAGAACCACGGCUAUUAUUAUGCUCUCUUUGAUGAAGUCACCGUCGAGUGCUACGAUCCCCCAAAGGACGCCAAGGUUGAGGGCAGCAAGUCCUACAUCUUCACCGAUGAGAAGGGAACCGAAGAUACAGUCAAGAUUACCAAUAAGAAUACCGUUUUGAAGUCAUUCCUGGGCAACGGCCGUGACACCGAUAAGGAUUAUCCAUCCGCCAGUGGAACCAGGAGACCCAGUCAGACCAGCGAUCUUGCAGUCGUUCCCGGUUUGAGUGGUGCCGGGCCCGGAGCUGAUGGGAACCGAGGAGACAGCGACGGCUCCGACGGUGGUUCACCUAACGGCGGCAAUAGACCAAACCCCACGGACUUCUCUCAGGGUGGCGACCGGGGCAAUGAGAGCAGCGGUGCGUCACCCCAAAACGAGCAAGUGCUGAAAGGGUCCCUGUUUGCAGUGCUUGUGGCUCUUGUGGUCCUUGUUACCAUGUAAUAUUUCUAUGCUCUUUUUACAGUUGUAUAUAUUUUAGGGAAAAUCUUUUUUUCCCUCACGUCUGCUUGCAGUUGGGAUACUCGAUUGUUAGAGCUAUACGCUUUAAUUGACGCUUUUUAGCUUACGGAGUACUUGAAUGUCAUUUUCAGCAUGGCGGUCUGCACCAUUAAAUAGGUACUAAUAAUGAUUCAAGAUAAAUACCAUUCAUCAGAUUAGCAACAA